AGCACUUGCUCAGCAGUAGCCGGGAAGGAUGGGGAAGUUCGCCGUGUGAGGGGGUUUGAAUUUGGGCUCGCAAACGCGUCAUGGUUGCUUGUGUUUGUUUUUGCCGCAAUAUUUCAGCGCCAGGUUGCAGUCUACCUCCAGUUCGCGCUAGUUAUCCCCGCGCGAUGAGCCACGAAGACGAACGAGUCGUUUUUGUUUGAAACGCGACGCGACGGCGGCGCCUCAGCAAGAGAGCAUUCGCUUCGCUUCAGCCGCGUUUCCCCGCCCGCCGCGCGUCGGGCCGCCGAAUUCAAAAUGGACUUGGCUCGAGUGCGCGCGACCGGCGGCGGCAGUCCCGGCGGCCACAAGCGCCGUUUGCUGGGCCUAGUCUCCUCCUCGCCCUGCGUGCUGGACGUCCGCCGUGAGGGGUCCCCGCUGUCCCCCGUCACCGACCUGGCGCUCAACAUGACUCACCUAGCGGGCCUCGGCAGCAACAGGGUACAUUCCCAUGGCAGCCAGUGUGAUACCCCUAAAAGAACAAGGCCGGCAUAUCUCCAAAAGGUUCCCUCCUUUGCCUCGGACACAUCAUCUGAUGCAGGGCUUGGAAUGGACUCCCCCAGCCCCCUGGACCUGGUGGACAUGGAGAACAUCUUUGAAAAGUCACUUGUGGAAGACAGUGUUCUGGUGGACAACAAGAUGCCAAUCCGAAGAAUCAGCUCACUUCCACUGUUACCCAUGAGCCCUACCUCAAAAGGAAGAGAUCUUGAGCCCUGCAACUACGAGUUGACAACAGGACAAAGCAACAAGGAGAAUGUGCCUGAUGAUGUGUUUGAGUUCAAGAAGCCAACGCGGCCUGUGUCCCGGUGCAACUCGAGGACAACCCACGGGAAAGAGGGCAGGGAGGUGUUGGCUCGUCGGCCCAACUCCGCCCCAGAGCUCCUGUCUCCAGACCCUGUAAUCCGGCAGCACCUGCUGGGUGACGGCAGCCCUGUGACUCUGCGACGUUCCUCCUUGACUUCUUCGAAUGAAGAUGACGAUGGCUUCCUUGACAUCUUGGAUAGUGAUGUGGAGAGUGACACCUACAUGCCUUCAGGAAUGGCGAGUCUCCUGACUGCUCCGCUUGUGGCCGAGGUGGAGUCCACAGCCUCGCCCAUUAUCUGCCGUCCACGGGGCCUCUUCCGUUCCCCCUCACUGCCCAUGGGGACCCGCCCUGCCAUGAAGAGAUUGAAUCGCCCCCGGGAUGAGGCCACCCCUGUGCAGGUCAAGAGGAGGCGCAGUGUGGCAGGGACUCCCUCUGCUCCUGAGGAUGGGGAGCAUCAGGCUUGCAGGGUUAUUCAGCGGUCCCAGUCUCUCAGUCAGGCUGAGAUCGAGAAGCUGCUGGAUGGCGAUGCCAAGGAGUUAAUCGGAGAUUUCAGCAAGCCAUUUGUCCUGCCAACUGUGGAUGGGAAGCACCAAGACCUCAAGUACAUCACUGCAGAGAUGAUGGUGGCAGCGCUGAACGGCCAGUUUGACGACGUUGAGCGAAUCGUUGUCAUCGACUGCCGCUACCCCUAUGAGUUCGAAGGGGGUCACAUCAAGGGGGCUGUGAACCUCCACCAGGAGGAUGAGGUGGAGGAGUACCUCCUGAAGCGGCCCAUUGCCCCAUCCUCCCCCGACAAGCGAGUGCUGCUGAUCUUCCACUGUGAGUUUUCGUCAGAGCGCGGGCCGCGCAUGUGCCGCUUUGUGCGCGAGAGAGACCGUGAGCUGAACGAGUAUCCCAGCUUGCACUACCCAGAGCUCUAUGUGCUGAAAGGAGGCUACAAGGAGUUCUUUCCCCUCUUCCAGACCCAGUGCGAGCCCCAGGAUUACCGGCCCAUGACCCAUGAAGACUUCAAGGAGGAUCUGCGCAGGUUCCGCCUGAAGAGCCGCAGCUGGGCUGGCGAGCGCAGCAAGAGGGACCAUUACACCCGUCUGAAGCUGUGAGGAAGGGUGGUGGUGGUCCAGACCUAAUCUCACUGACUCGGUUACUCUGGGCUCGGACCGGACCCUCUUUCACAGGCGGCUGACCCACACUCGGUCUAUUGGCUCACCUCUGCAGAGGUCUGCUUACCAUGGUAAAUGGGACGCUGCCAUUUUGGAGAAAAUGUACCUUAUUUUGUACCUGUUAACAAUUUUCCAGCUGAGGUGAGUCUCAGCACUAAUACAAGUGAAGUGCAGUUCCUUCUUACCUGCAGCACUUACCUUCUGAAGAGAAGGUGCAGCAUCAAACUGUUUCCUGAACUUUUUGAUAAGUUUUAAUUUUAGAAAUGUUUUUUAAAUCAAAGUUGAGUGUGCAUUUAAUUGGUGUUAAGUGUGCAAACUUGGUGCUCUGCCUUAAAUCAUGGGGUUGUUUUAUAAGUUUCCAGAAGGACCCAUUGCUCAUCUAGAGGUCCUUCAACUGCACAGUGGCAGAAGUUUCUGGGAAUUGACAUGUUGAAUGGUGACACACAUUUGGGCUGGGGGCGGGGGGGAGUCUGACUGGUCUGGGUUUUACUUAAAAGGAUGUGUGUGUGUUACACCAGAGAUGAACCAUCCAGCGACUGGAGACGCCUCCUUCAGAUGCCCGAGGUUCAGUCUUAGGACAAUCGCACAGCCGUCCUUUACCGUUCUUGGGUUUUAAUUUCCUGCUCUGGUUUCACUGUUGUAUUAAUGUGUGCAAUUUGUAAUCAUAAAUCUCGGUUUUCUUGAA